AUGUCUCAAAAGAAUAUUGUCAUUAUUGGUGCUGGAGUGGCAGGACUUACAACUGCCCUCUUGCUUUCCCGCAAGCCGGACUACAAGAUCGUGGUCGCUGCCAAACAUAUGCCCGGCGACUACGACAUCGAAUACGCAUCCCCGUGGGCUGGUGCAAACUACAUGCCUGUCUCGGUUGGUGGAACUGAAGCUGCGAAGUGGGACGAGGACACUUGGGGACCAUUGGCGGAUCUCGCCAAAAACCACCCCGAGGCUGGUGUCCAUUUCCAAGACUGUGAAAUUCAUAGCCGUGCCAAAGAUGUUGGCUCUGCGACCGCAGAUUGGUUUGCUGAGCUUUUGUCCCCGAAUCCCUGGUUUUCCAAAGUCGUCCCCAAUUUCCGGACCCUACCCAAAGAAUCACUUGGCCCCGGCAUAGACUCGGCUACCAUCUUUACCUCGGUGUGCAUCAACACAGCGAAUUACCUCCCCUGGCUUGUUUCUCAGUGUCUGAGAAAUGGUGUUGUGUUCAAGCGCGCUAUUUACAGGCAUAUCGGCGACGCAUCACUACCUGGUGUGCAUCCAGCUGGGAAGGUGGACCUGGUGGUUAACUGCACAGGUCUGAUGGCCUCCAAGCUCGGCGGCGUGGAAGAUAGUUCUGUUAUACCCGCACGUGGACAGAUCGUGGUCGUCCGAAAUGAAGCAGACAAGAUGCUGGAUGUGUCCGGAACCGACGAUGAAGACGGCGAAGCCUGCUACGUAAUGAAAAGAGCUGCUGGAGGUGGCACUAUUCUCGGCUGGUCGUACCAGAAGGGCAACUGGGAAUCACAGCCCGAUCCGAACCUGGCAAUUCGCAUCAUGAAGCGUGCUGUCAAGAUGUGCCCUUCACUAACAGAUGGGAGGGGUAUUGAGUAUUUGGAUAUUAUCAGACAUGGGGUAGGGCUUCGACCUAUCCGAGAGGGAGGCACCAGAAUUGAGAAGGAAUGA